AUGAUGCCGGGCUUAUACUCUACUCGCCGAAGCGCAUUGUUGCGACCAGCACUGGCGACACGGGCCUUUUCGUUAUCUUCUUUUAUCAAUGCUGGUGAUACCAAUGUAGUGCUGACAAGGGAAUUCAUCUAUGCGUCUCUGUACGCGAAGGAGGCAGGAUAUUUCACAACACAGGAGCGUAAUGUGCUGCAUGUGCCUACGGAGAGCAUCGACUUCGGCAAUCUAUGGGGUGCCGGUGAGUAUCAUAACAUGGUAGCCGAGUUGUACAAGGAGAGUUCCGAGGCCUGGCUCACGCCCGUGGAGGUGUUUGCGCCAUAUUACUCGCAGGCACUGGCACGCUACAUGCUUAACUCUCCCUUCUUCCGCCAGGAGCUCGAGAUCUUUGAAAUCGGCGGUGGUUCUGGGUCCAAUGCACUGCACAUUCUUAACUAUUUGAAGGAGCAGGCACCCGACGUGUACGCUAAGACCAAGUACACGCUAAUCGAGAUCAGCCCUGUGAUGGCCGAGAGGCAGCGGAACCGUGUGGCUGUUGUGCACCCAGAGCAGUGCUCGGUCGUCAACCAAGAUAUCCUAACCCCUCGCAGAUACACACGCUCCUGUCAACUCGCAGUGCUUUUUCCUAGCACUCGAAGUGCUGGACAACCUGCCUCACGACAAGGUCACGGUACAGAACGGCAAGUGGAAGCUAUGCGUCCGGUCAAGGAUAUGCUGAUCCGCCAGACACUCCGCUACUUCGGCUGCGAGCUGCCGCUGCGCGUGUCGUACAAGAACAACUUCAGUCUGGCGCAGCGCGUGCGGCGCAUGUUGGGCAAAGACGCCCCUGCGCUGAACUCUGCUUUCAUCCCGACGGCCCCGAAUCUGGAUGAGAACUCCCCGGCCAAAGCUAUUGAACACCCGCUUAGCAGCACGGCAACAUCGUCUGGAGCGCUUUUUGCGGGAAAUGCCCCCCUCGUCGCGUCAAAACUCACAGGUGAGACGAAAGACCACGAUACAUACCUGGUGCAAGGCGGAAUCGCCGACAUCUUCUUUGCCACCGACUUUAAUCGGCUCAAGAAAGCGUAUUGCUCGCGCUCGAGCGUUUCGGUCGUCAAGUCUUCCGACUUUCUGAAGGAGUUUGCUGAUGUCCAGAAGACCAAGACAAUCACGCGGUACAACCCGCUGCUGGAGGACUACUCCAACACGAGCUUCAUUUUGUCUUAG